AACAUGUCCCAGCCUGAAGUCAAAGAUCCCUGGAACCUCUCCAACGACGAGUUCUACUACCCCAAACAGCAGGGCCUGAGAGGAACCUUCGGUGGCAACAUCAUUCAGCACUCCAUUCCUGCGCUGGAGCUGAGACAGCCCUUCUUCCCCACUCACAUGGGUCCCAUGAAGCUCCGCCAGUUCCACCGACCAAGCCUGAAGAAGUACUCCUUCGGGGCUCUGGCGCAGCCGGGGCCGCACGCCGUCCAGCCGCUGCUCAAGCACAUAAAGAAGAAAGCCAAGAUGCGAGAGCAAGAGCGGCAGGCGGCCGGCGGCGGAGACAUGUUCUUCAUGCGGACGCCUCAGGACUUGACCGGCAAAGACGGAGACCUGAUCCUGGCCGAGUACAGCGAGGAGUACGCGCCUCUCAUCAUGCAGGUUGGCAUGGCGACCAAGAUCAAGAACUACUACAAAAGGAAACCGGGAAAAGAUCCAGGAGCACCGGACUGUAAAUAUGGAGAGACGGUGUAUUGCCACACGUCUCCUUUCCUCGGUUCUCUGCACCCCGGUCAGCUUCUCCAGGCUUUCGAGAACAACCUCUUCCGCGCCCCCAUCUACCUGCACAAGAUGCCCGAGACGGAUUUCCUGGUCAUACGGACGCGGCACGGCUACUACGUCAGGGAGCUGGUGGACAUUUUCGUGGUCGGCCAGGAGUGUCCCCUGUUCGAGGUUCCCGGUCCCAACUCCAAACGGGCCAACACUCACAUCAGAGACUUCCUGCAGGUGUUCAUCUACCGCCUGUUCUGGAAGAGCAAGGACCGGCCUCGCAGAAUCCGCAUGGAGGACAUAAAGAAAGCUUUUCCCUCGCACUCGGAGAGCAGCAUCAGGAAGCGGCUCAAACUCUGCGCUGACUUCAAACGUACAGGGAUGGACUCCAACUGGUGGGUGCUGAAGCCUGACUUCAGGCUGCCUACGGAGGAGGAGAUCAGGGCCAUGGUGUCCCCAGAGCAAUGCUGCGCUUACUACAGCAUGCUGGUGGCAGAGCAGAGGCUCAAGGAUGCCGGAUACGGCGAGAAGUCCUUCUUUGCUCCAGAAGAGGAGAACGAAGAGGACUUCCAGAUGAAGAUCGACGACGAGGUCCGGACCGCCCCCUGGAACACGACGAGGGCCUUCAUCUCCGCCAUGAAGGGCAAGUGUCUGCUGGAGGUGACGGGAGUGGCCGACCCCACCGGCUGCGGGGAAGGUUUCUCCUACGUCAAAGUCCCCAACAAGCCCACUCAGCAAAAGGACGACAAAGAGCCGCAGCCCGCUAAGAAGACGGUGACGGGGACGGACGCCGACCUGAGGAGGCUCUCCCUGAAGAACGCCAAGCAGCUGCUACGCAAGUUUGGAGUCCCAGAGGAAGAGAUCAAGAAACUUUCCCGUUGGGAGGUAAUCGACGUGGUGAGGACCAUGUCCACGGAGCAGGCGCGCUCCGGCGAAGGUCCGAUGAGCAAGUUCGCCAGAGGCUCCCGGUUCUCUGUCGCCGAACACCAGGAGCGCUACAAGGAGGAGUGCCAGAGGAUCUUUGACCUGCAGAACAAGGUGUUGGAGUCCACGGAGGUGCUGUCCACAGACACCGACAGCAGUUCCGCCGAAGACAGCGACUUUGAGGAGAUGGGGAAGAACAUCGAGAACAUGCUGCAGAACAAGAAGACCAGCUCGCAGCUUUCCCGCGAGAGGGAGGAGCAGGAGCGGAAGGAGCUGCAGAGGAUGCUGAUGGGCGAGGAGAGCGACAACAAGGGACGCAAGGAUCGACGCAAAGGCUUGUCUAGCGCCUUGUCCACCAGCUCCCACAAAGACGACGACACGUCCUCCGUCACCAGUCUGAACUCGUCGGCCACGGGACGUCGGCUCAAGAUCUAUCGCACCUUCCGGGACGAGGACGGCAAAGAGUACGUGCGCUGCGAGACGGUCCGCAAGGCCGCCGUCAUCGACGCCUACACCCGGAUCAGAACCACCAAGGACGACGAGUUCAUACGAAAGUUUGCCCUCUUCGAUGAGCAGCACAGAGAAGAGAUGAGGAAGGAGCGCCGGCGCAUUCAGGAGCAGCUCAGGAGGCUGAAGAGGAACCAAGAGAAGGACAAGAUCAAAGGACCGCCAGAGAAGAAGUCCAAGAAGGUCAAGGAGAGACCAGACCUCAAGCUGAAGUGCGGCGCCUGUGGAGCCAUCGGACACAUGAGGACCAACAAGUUCUGCCCGCUGUACUACCAAACCAACGCCCCGCCCUCCAACCCGGUCGCCAUGACGGAGGAGCAGGAGGAGGAGCUGGAAAAGACCGUGAUCCACAACGACAACGAGGAGCUCAUCAAGGUGGAGGGCACCAAGAUUGUGCUGGGCAAGCAGCUCAUUGAAAGCGCUGACGAGGUGCGGCGAAAGUCUCUGGUGCUCAAGUUUCCCAAGCAGCAGCUACCACCGAAGAAGAAACGACGCGUCGGCAGUGCGGCCCAUUGCGAUUAUCUCAAUAAGCCGCACAAGGCCAUCCACCGCAGACGCACCGACCCCAUGGUGACGCUGUCCUCGGUGCUGGAAGGAAUCAUCAACGACAUGCGGGAUCACCCCAACACGUACCCGUUCCACACACCGGUCAACGCCAAGGUCGUCAAGGACUACUACAAGAUAAUCAACCGGCCCAUGGACCUUCAGACGCUGAGGGAGAACGUGCGGAAGCGGAUGUACCCUUCGAGGGAGGAGUUCCGGGAGGCGGUGGAGGUCAUCGUCAAAAACAGCGCCACGUACAACGGCGCCAAACAUCCCAUCACACAGGUGGCACAGUCCAUGCUCGACCUGUGUGACGCUAAACUCAAAGAGAAGGAGGAUCGGCUGGUGAGGCUGGAGAAGGCAAUCAACCCGCUGCUGGACGACGACGAUCAGGUGGCCUUCUCCUUCAUCCUGGACAACAUCGUCACUCAGAAAAUGAUGGCGGUCCCUGACUCGUGGCCGUUUCACCAUCCUGUCAACAAGAAGUUUGUGCCGGAUUACUACAAGGUCAUCGUGAGUCCCAUGGAUCUGGAGAGUGUCCGGAAGAACAUCUCCAAGCAUAAAUACCAGAAUCGAGAAACGUUUCUUUCGGAUAUCAGCCUCAUCCACGCAAACAGUAUCAAAUACAACGGUUCAGACAGUCCUUACACCAAGACCGCCCUGGAGAUCGUUAACGUGUGCAAGGGGACCUUAGCAGAGUACGAUGAGCACUUGACGCAGCUGGAAAAGGACAUCUCCACGGCCAAGGAGGCAGCUCUGGAUGCGGCGGACUUGGAGAGCCUGGACCCGAUGACGCCCGGGCCUUACACGCCGCAGCCUGCUGAUCUGUUUGACAGCGUGGCUUCAGGGAGUCUACCCCGAGAGCCCAGCAGCCUUUUCUCUGAGGGACCUCUAUUGGUUGCUCCAGAGAAGAGAGGGGGGCAGGGACGGCAUAUGAGGAGACCGGGGGAGGAGGACUCGGACGUGGACAUUGAGGGCUUUGAGGAGGAAGACGAUGGGAAACCCAAGACUCCCGCUCCCGCGGAGGAUGCCGACGGCGAUCUGGAGGACGAGGACGACGAGGAGAUGCUGCUGCCACCUCGCAGGCGGCCGCACGACCACGACGCGGAGGAGGAGGAGGAGGACGACGACGAAGAGCGAGGGCACGGGAGAGCUAACCACCCGGCUCAGUCCAGCGUGCUGUACCAGGACCUGCUCAUGUCUGACGGCGAGGACGACGCCAGCGACGAGGAAGGGGACAACCCGUUCUCCGCCAUUCAGCUCUCAGAGAGCGGCAGCGACUCGGACAGGGAGGUGGACAUCCGACCCGCGCCUCCACGGCGAGCUCAGGACACGGCCCGCAUGGGCAUGGAGCAGGAGGAGAGCAUGAUGUCAUACGAGGGGGUUGGCCACGAGCACAUGGAAGACAGCAACAUCAGUUAUGGCAGCUUCGAGGAGACGGAGAGCCGGAGUCGAAUGCAGUCGUCCAGCAUGGGGAACGGCGAAGAGUACGGCAUCAGCGAAGAGGAGGAGGAAGACGAGGAAGACGAAGCGCGGAGAAGAGGCCCAGCUGUCCUGUCCCAAGUCCAGCUCAGCGAGGACGAAGACAGUGAAGAGUUCAGGUCCAUCGGAGGAGACAGUGACAUGGACUCCGAUAAUUAAGCUAAUUUCCCUCCUCUUCCUGAGUGGGACUGUGUCCUUCGACAUUGUUAGAAAGCCAAUAUCAAGACAGAGAAAUGUAAUUUCUCCGGUAAAUACUGUAUGUACACAUUUUGUAAAUGAGGAUUAUUUGUUUGCUAUCCUUGAACCUUUAGAUCAAUGUGGCUCAUUAUAAAUUAAAGCUUGUUCCUUUGUAUGUAAACUGAAUAAUAUCCAUUAUGGUGGAUCUUAACAUGGAGGUGUUCGCUUGUUUUUUUGUUUUGUUUUUUACUGUUUCAUUUCACUUAUGUAUGCAGCGACUGCUAGAUGUUUCUACACUGCCAUCAAGGUAAAAUGUAAAAAAAACGACUAAAAAAUUAAAUAAAUGUCUCUAAAAACACA